CAGCCCAAUUUCAUUCAAGCUAUUUCUUUCAAAAUAUCAUAAACCCAAUUAGCUUUCGUCAAAUCAAAUUCCUACUGCAACAAUGUCUGGUCGCGGAAAGGGAGGAAAGGGGCUGGGAAAGGGAGGAGCAAAGCGUCACCGGAAAGUUCUCCGGGAUAAUAUUCAGGGUAUCACCAAACCUGCCAUCAGGAGGCUCGCUAGAAGAGGUGGAGUCAAGAGAAUCAGCGGUCUCAUUUAUGAAGAGACACGUGGCGUUCUGAAGAUAUUUUUGGAGAAUGUGAUUCGUGACGCUGUUACCUACACGGAGCACGCUCGCCGGAAAACAGUGACGGCGAUGGAUGUUGUCUAUGCUCUGAAGAGGCAAGGAAGGACUUUGUACGGUUUUGGGGGUUAAUUGAUUUCUGCCAACAAUUUGUAAUGAAUUGUGUUAUCUUUGAACUAUUUGGUCUUGAUAUGUGAAUCAUCAAAAGUCGAAACGAUUGCGGUGGAAUGAAAGUUAGUUGUUCACAUG